AUGGAUCCAGUCGCCGAGCUCAUCACCAGCUACUUUGAGCUCAAUGGAAACCUAAUCGACGAGCUCGACGACGGGGGCAGCGAGCCCAGCCCGCUCGAGUUUAUGCGCUACGUCGCCCGGAACACGCCCUUUGUCAUCCGGGGAGGCGCAUCCACCUGGCCGGCCGCGCAGACUUGGUCUGUGCCGUUUCUCCGCAAAACGCUCGCCGACCAUACAGUCAACGUGGCCGUGACGCCGAAUGGAUACGCGGAUGCACCGACGCCCGGCCCGGACGGUGAUGCCGUGUUUGCCAAGCCGUGGGAAGAGGACCAGACGUUUGUCGACUUUCUCGACUAUGUCGUAAGGCAGGAGAAGGGCCAGCUGCCGGAAGGCGCUGAGACCCGUUAUGCGCAGACUCAAAACGACAAUCUGAGGCAUGAGUAUGCCUCUGUCUUUGCACACGUCCAGAAGGACAUUCCGUUUGCGCGGAUUGCAUUGCAGCGUGCGCCUGAAGCCAUCAAUCUGUGGAUUGGCAACUCACACUCGGUCACGGCCAUGCACCGCGACAACUACGAGAACAUCUACGUGCAGAUCCUCGGCCAGAAGCACUUUGUCCUGCUGCCUCCGCUGUGCCAGCCCUGUGUCAAUGAGCAGUCUCUGCCGCAGUACAGUUAUGCGCGGAGCGACGGCGGGCUGACGCUGGCUCCAGAGGAGGCUGACGGCCCUGACAAUCGUGUCCCGUUUGCCGUCUGGGACCCAGACGCACCCAGCGCCAACCCAACGCCAUAUUCCAGUUUGGCUGAGCCGAUGCGGGUGACGCUGCAUCCAGGGGACAUGCUCUACCUUCCGGCAAUGUGGUACCACAAAGUGUCGCAAUCCGCGUCCGACGAAGGCGUCUGCGUUGCCGUCAACUACUGGUAUGGUUCUCUCCACGAACGGUUGUGCGAGACUGUGGCCAACACCCGCUGA